AUGAUUUUAGACGGACACAGCGAGCCAAUUUUAGAUCUAGCGAUUUGCCCGUAUGAUAGUAGCAUAAUAGCUACGGCUUCUGAGGAUAGCACAGUGAGGCUAUGGAAAGGUGAUAGAGACAGCUACAAAAGCUACAAAGCAAUAGUCAACUUUGAAGACGCUGUUGUUGCUGUUUUAUGGCAUCCAAAGGUUGAAAACCAGCUAUUCCUCUGCUGUGGGGGUACUAUAUUCCUAUUCGAUCUUAAUAUCUCUUCUCCGCUUAUAAAAGCAUCUGAAGCAAGCAAGACAUGGAAUGUUACAGAAGUCGAAAUAAACAGCAUCUCUAUUGACAGAAAAGCACAACAGGUGGCCUUUUGCGACGACUCUGGUGCUGUUGGCGUUUUAGACACCUCCACAGGCAAAACCAGACUAUUCAGAUACAAGCAUGCGAACAUAGCCAGUAAGGUUGCUUACAAGAAUGGAAAAGAUGGUGACCUUCUCUCAGGAUCCUACGACAGCAGCGCUCUCAUAUGGAAUACAUCGAAGGGGACGAUAGGAGACACGCUCGAUUUGAGCACACGCCAGGGCCAGUCUAUGGCGCCUGCUUUUGUUCUUUCGCUCGCAUCAUCAGAAGAUGGGAAGAAACUCGCUGUUGGUUCUGGAAAUGGCUCUGUGUGGCUCUCCUCAUCGCGUCUAUCUAAUGCAAGGGAAGUUACUGCUCACAAUGGUCCCGUAGUCGGUCUUGCCUUCGUAAAUGGUCGUCUUAUCAGCUGCUCAUUGUACCAAUUAUGUAUCUGGAAGGAGAACCUCGAGGGUGUAGAUUCUACUACGACUAUAGAUGGACUAGAAAAGGCGAACUGCAUCGCUACGACGUCCACUCAUGUCUACAUCGGCGGGUUUGAGAAAAACGGCAAAGGCAGAGCUGUUGUUCUCCCAUUGAGUUUAUAGAAUAUUAUAUCAUUUGUAUUUUUACUCGUUCCUGCAUUAUCUAUAUUCUU